AUGAAAAUACAUGUGUUGAUCGGUCUGGCGUGUUUGGCAGCCAUGGCCACGUGCUCGGAGGACAUGCCAGCCGAACAGACGCAAAAGGUGCAACAGGACCAACAGCCGGAAUUUGCCCAUCAAUCCAUCAAACGCCAGGCAGUGGAAGAUUAUGGAGAUGAACAGUCAAACGCUCCGUCAGCCAUCGCCGGCGGUGAAGCAUCCACACCGGCCGCUCAUGGCGAAGAAGCACACGCACCGUCCGCAGCUGAAAGUCAGAGACCGGUCGAUUACGAAGUUUAUGGACUGAAUGGGGAGGUGCUAAAUGGUUAA